ACAGUUCAAGUGACAACAGUUUGUUUACGACCUUUGGAACAAGUAACAAGUAAUAAUUACUCUGAUUAUUGUAAUUACUCUAAAAACUCAAUUUUCCUGAAAUUUAAAUUUCAUAUUUUUAAAAAUGAUUUCUAAUACAGGUAAAUUAGCUGGGCGGACUUUAUUUAUUACCGGAGCUUCUAGAGGAAUUGGAAAAAGUAUUGCAUUGAAGGCAGCUAAAGAUGGUGCUAAUAUUGUUAUCUGUGCAAAAACUGCUGAACCACAUCCUAAAUUACCUGGUACUAUUUAUACUGCUGCUAAAGAAGUUGAAGAAGCUGGAGGUAAGGCUCUUCCUUGCAUGGUCGAUGUCCGUGACGAAGCUCAAGUCGUCGCGGCCGUAAAUGAGGCCGUUAACAAGUUUGGGGGCAUCGACAUCGUGGUCAACAAUGCGAGUGCUAUAUCAUUGACCCCAACUCUGGAUACUGACAUGAAAAGAUACGAUUUGAUGAACAAUAUCAACACGCGCGGAACUUUUCUGGUUUCAAAAGCCUGCAUACCGUUUUUGAAAAAAAGUCAAAAUCCUCACAUACUAAAUCUAAGCCCUCCUUUAAGUAUGAAGCCCAAGUGGUUCCAAAGUAAUUUAGCUUACACUCUAUCCAAGUACGGGAUGUCCAUGUGCGCAAUGGGAAUGGCCGCGGAAUUUAAGAAAGAUGGCAUCGCUGUCAACGCACUGUGGCCUAAAACUGCUAUUCAUACGGCAGCGAUUGAAAUGCUGACGGGAGGAGAAGGGUUCAAUGUAAGCCGUAAAGCCGACAUUAUUGCCGACGCGGCUUACGUUAUUUUUUGUAAGGACAGUAAGUCGAUUACUGGAAGGUUCAUUGUUGACGAACAUAUAUUGAGAGAAGAAGGAAUUACUGAUUUUACUCCUUACGCUUGUAAUCCAGAAUUCAAAGACAAAUUGAUGUUAGAUUUCUUCUUGGAUGAAGAAGAUUUCCAAGACUCGGAUCACACUGUUUUUGAUCCGACAAAAAAACCUAAGGCUAAUGAAAAUUCUAAAGAUUUGAAUGUUAUUUUCACUGCUAUCAGAGCUAAUUUGACUGCCGAUCUUGUUAAAAAAACUACUGCAAUUUAUCAAUUUAAUAUAACAGGUGAUAAUCCUGCAACAUGGUUCCUAGACUUGAAAACUGGUAACGGGACGUUAGAAAAAGGCAAGCCUUCUCAUCCAGCUGACGCAGUGUUGACAAUGGAAGCCAACAACUUUUUUGACAUGUUCUCUGGGAAACUAAAACCCGCAAGCGCAUUCAUGAUGGGCAAAUUAAAGAUCGAUGGUAACUUACAAGUUGCCAUGAAACUGGAGAAAUUAAUGACCAGUCUAAAAUCUAAGUUAUAAAUCAUUUAAAAAUAUAUAUAUAUUUAUAUCAAAACAAAAUAUAUUUUGUAAAAGGGUUUAACACAAUUUUUAUAAUCAAUUUUUUAUACAUUGUUAUCAAUAAAAAUAUAUUUAAUAAAGUUAA